AUGGGGACCGUGAAGGUCACGGCACCUCUGAUCUUUGCCAUCUCAGUUGCUACCAUAGGCUCUUUCCAGUUUGGCUACAACUCUGGAGUCAUCAAUGCUCCUGAGGCCAUCAUAAAGGACUUUCUCAAUUAUGCUUUGGAAGAGCAGUCAGAAACCCCCCCAUCCACCGUGCUCCUGACAUUCCUGUGGUCCUUGUCUGUGGCCAUCUUCUCCGUAGGUGGUAUGAUCGGUUCCUUCUCCGUUGGACUCUUUGUCAACCAAUUUGGCAGGCGCAAUUCAAUGCUUAUUGUCAACCUGUUGGCCAUAGCUGGCGGCUGCCUUAUGGGAUUCUGCAAAAUAGCAGAGUCAGUUGAAAUGCUGAUCAUGGGCCGACUGGUUAUCGGCCUCUUCUGCGGACUCUGCACAGGAUUCGUGCCCAUGUACAUUAAAGAGAUCUCACCUACUGCCCUUCGGGGCACCUUUGGCGCUCUCAACCAGCUGGGCAUUGUUAUUGGAAUUCUGGUGGCCCAGAUCUUUGGUCUAGAAGUCAUCUUGGGGACUAAAGAUCUCUGGCCUCUGCUCCUGGGCUUCACCAUCAUACCAGCCAUCGUACAGUGUGCUGCCCUUCCAUUUUGCCCUGAAAGUCCUAGAUUCUUACUCAUUAACAGAAAGGAGGAGGAGAAAGCAAAGGAGGUCCUCCAGAGAUUCUGGGGCACCGAGGACGUGGCUCAGGACAUCCAGGAGAUGAAGGAAGAGAGUGUGCGGAUGUCACAGGAGAAGCAAGUCACAGUACUAGAGCUCUUCCGCUCCCCCAACUACCGGCAACCCAUCAUUAUCUCCAUCAUGCUCCAGCUCUCCCAGCAGCUCUCUGGGAUCAACGCGGUGUUCUACUACUCGACAGGAAUCUUCGAAGAUGCAGGUGUCCAGGAGCCGGUCUAUGCCACCAUCAGCACAGGUGUGGUCAACACCAUCUUCACUGUGGCGUCUGUGUUCUUGGUGGAAAGGGCUGGGAGGAGGACUCUACACCUGAUUGGCCUUGGAGGGAUGGCUUUUUGUUCCAUCUUCAUCACGAUUUCUUUGUUACUAAAGAAUGAUUAUAGCUCGAUGAUCUUUAUCUGUAUUGGGGCCAUCCUGGUCUUUGUGGCCUUCUUUGAAAUUGGCCCAGGCCCCAUUCCCUGGUUUAUUGUGGCUGAACUCUUUGGCCAGGGAUCCCGCCCAGCUGCCAUGGCAGUGGCUGGUUGUUCCAACUGGACCUCUAACUUUUUGCUUGGACUGCUCUUCCCCCUGGCCACGUUCUACUUAGGCGCCUACGUUUUCAUCUUCUUCACCAUCUUCCUCAUUAUCUUCUGGGUCUUCACCUUCUUCAAAGUUCCUGAGAACCAUGGCAGGACUUUUGAGGAAAUUACACCAGCCUUUGAAGGGUAG